AUGUCAUCUGCAACAAAAGCGUCUAGGAUUGGGGAAGAGCUGUGGAAGACGAGAGUUGACAAAGUGAACGCCGAGUUGGUAACAUUAACGUACGGUACAAUUGUCGCGCAACUUUGCCAGGACUACGAUGGAAACUACCAAGAAGUGAACAAGCAACUGGAGAAGAUGGGCUACAAUAUUGGAAUGCGACUUAUCGAGGACUUUUUGGCCAAGUCGGGCGUGGGCCGUUGUGCUAAUUUCCGGGAAACAGCGGAUAUGAUUGCAAAGGUUGGGUUCAGGAUCUUCCUCAACAUCGCGCCCACGGUCACCAACUGGACAAGUGACAACAACCAAUUCUCUCUCAUAUUUGAAGAGAACCCGUUGGCGGAUUUCGUUGAGCUGCCUGAUGACGGACGGGCUCAAGAUGAGCUGUGGUUCUCUAAUAUUCUUUGUGGAGUUCUGCGGGGUGCAUUGGAGAUGGUGCAAAUGCAGAUCGAGGCGCAUUUUGUGAGCGAUGUUUUGCGGGGCGAUGACACUACGGAGAUGCGGGUAUCGCUUGUAAGGUACAUUGAGGACGAGAUGCCACCCGAUGAGGAGUGA